CUUAGAGAUGAGACAAAUUAUUUCAACUGAAUACUGCCUACUUUAUAACAAUCAAGACGCUAAUAAAACACAGGGUGAAGGCUGUGUACACUAGGAACUCGACUAGUCCACUCUCCACGUGACGGUAAUAUAACCACUCGUUCAAUGUUAUCGUUAGGACACAAAGAACCGUGAUAGAUUGUCGGUGGGACAAAUCUUUAAUAGGACGGCUCAGUGUGAACAUAGUACUAUAGUGAACACGCGGGUUAAAUACCCUGAGCACUGAGCUCAGCAUCAGUAGCGGCCUACGCUAUGCAGUAGCGCACAGUGAGUCGGAUCACAGAGAUCGCGCCAACAUUCGCCAGAGCGGAACACAUCUCUGACUGUGUAGACUCGUUGUAUCUGGGGGGCUGGGUGCCCAGUUAAUAGUCGUAGUGAUGAGGCAGUGUAUAUCAGUGUAAGCAGACCCGCAAACAGUCUAACAGAUAACGGACACUCAUUUAAAACCGAUUAUUACGGCGGAGCUGUCAAGUAACACGGAGAAGGGAUUCUCUGUUGAUUUAGUGAGCUAAAGUUGGUUAUAUUGUGUUUGAUUACCACUUGUUCAGGACAUUUACAAAUAUUGGUUCCUCACUGAUAUAUCAGCUUAAGUGAUUGAUUGGACAGGUAUACGUGUUGACUUGAAUACAAGUUGAUUGAUAUUUUGAUAAAUAGUUUGUAAAACUAUUUAUGACAAAAAUGAAUUUACAGUAAACUUGUCGUUGUUAAAAGACUCAACUCCGAGUCUUUAUUUAAUGGAUUAUUUCUCUUUAUGUUCCUCUUUUUAAAAACAUAUCAAAAGUUUUUACACUAGUGAUUGUAUUGGAUGGCCAUUGUUCACAUGGGUUAAUGUGUCACUCGCUACAUUUGUGUAUAACGAACACGUGUUGGAGUUGUCCCAUUCUGGGGGACAGUUAGGGUUAACGAGGACCCAAACUUAUUGAUUUGCUCUACCUUUCAACUUAACAGACAUUAUGGAUAGUAAAAUGAUACAUAUAUUUGGGUGUGUCGUAAAAACGCGGACUUUUCUACUAUCGUGGAUAUUUCUGAGUCUCCUGACAGCUGACUUUUCAAAAGCGUUUACGCCCACCAGAUCCAGUAUGGAAUCCGAACUGCCGUCGUCAUUUCGAAAGAUGCAGCAAAAGGGUAAAGGUCACCGAUACUUCACGGAUCGCGGGUAUGCCACCCGUACACCUGAGAUACUCGCCACCAAGAAAAACUACACGGUGAAAAGGGGCAGUCUAGCUAUCUUACACUGCACUGUCCAGAAUCUCGGCACGAAAACAGUUGUUUGGAGACGAGCGUCAGAAGAAAACCCUUUGACUGUAGGAGAAUAUACUUACGUCUCGGACGCGAGGUUUAGUACGCAACACAAAGUCCGUCUUGACCAGUGGAACCUGCACAUCCGUAAUGUCAGCUUGGAAGACGAGGGACCUUAUGAGUGUCAAGUCAGCACCAAGGACAGGAGCAUACGUCGCCAGUUCAUGCUAGACGUUCAAGACUGGACGAAAUACAAUGCAGAAAUAAAAAUAACUGGGAAAAGGUUCGUUGAGAAAGGCGAUACCAUUGUGUUAAGUUGUAACGCAACCGACUACUACGCUCCUCACGACAUAGACUGGUUCAAGGACGGUGACAAACUCGACUCGGACGAAUUGAAAGGGAUAGAGAUAACCAAGAGUGUAUACCUUGCUAAAAAGACUAUCACAAGCGUGCUGAAACUCCGGAAAGCUAAAAUGACAGACGCCGGGGACUAUUUGUGCCGGACGUCCGAACACUACAUCACAACCAUUCACGUGCAGGUUUUAAAUGCUUAUUCUCCAGCGAACGAUAACAAUGUAAAGCGAGGCACAUACACGGAAUAUUCACGUGGCAGCAAUCGAGGUCCUUCGAUCGCGCCGGCAAUUUAUGUCCACUUACUGACAAUGAUAUUGCUCUUCUUAACAUGACAUCACUGUUGUAAAGACGUAAAAACAACAAGUGCCUUGAUGGGUAGUCGCCAAUAAUGGGCUCGUACAGAAAUGUAAGGAGGACGUGCGGGUGGAUGUCGUAUGAGGAGUGUUCCGAAUGGAUAUCAACAGUCCGCAUUGUCAAAGGACAAACGGAUGUCAUGGUGUUUACUUAACAUGGCUGGGAAAAUAGUCAUCGUAUUUUGACAAAUCUAAACAAAGAUGUUCGACUACAAAUAUAUUUAUAAAUUGUUCGGUCGUAUCAACUUCAAUACGAAUGUUUUCCGACAACACCAAAACUGUAUAUGUUUAUAUGGACGCACAAUAAGUUUCUUGGCAAACAGGUAUUUGAAUAAAAACAAAAACCCGUAUUUGUUUUGAAUAUGACGAUGGUUACCGUUGCACAAAGACGCUGAUAUACAUGUAUUUAUCAAACAAUAUGCCAGGAACAUUAUAUAUAUAUGUAUAGGUAUAUAUUGUAUAUGGUUCUCUGUUGUAUGUACAGUGUACAAACAUAUAUUUUGAUACGAUACUUCUCGUUCAUUCCAAUUAAUUCAUGUUAUUUAUCAUAUAAACUGUUGUGAUGCUUGCAUCCUCCAAACUCGUUUCAAUGGUCUGUGACAUCAUUGUGCAGAACUGAUAUACGUUUUGAAUAAAUCAUAGCCACUGAAGUCGAGUAUAUGGUUGGUGAAAGGGACAUAUGAAUAUGCAUGAAGAAAAUAAAGAUAAUCGUUUGUUACCUCCCACAAUAGAAACAAAUACGUAGUUGAACAACGGCAUUUAUAAUCAAUAUCAAUUGCCAUUGUUUAUUGAAGAUGUCAUUGAAGGUUAAACACAUAAGCUUGUAAUAUAAUAAUAUAUCUUCGCAUUUGCUUUAUACCACAUAUUGUGUCAGCUUUAACGCAAUCAAUAUCUAAUCAUCAAUCAGAGAGAAAGCGGAUAACAAUGACAGCGAGUUUGAAAUCCCGCGAGAUAAAAUAGAGUACGAGAGGUGAUAUUAUCGUCUCCCGGAUAAGUGCUAUACCGUCAUAUCCCCGAUUGCUCGUCUGUGUAGGUUGACCCGUCAGAUGGUCACGUGAUAGGUUGGUCUAGUCAAAGGAUAUGCGGGGGAGUAACACAUAAUGCAGUUCCUUCCUCAGACAGCACUAAGGACUUAGAUACGUAGGAGGUAAUCUGGGGAUUUAACCCAGAUAAAGUGUGUACUUCAGCUUGCACAUUUUUAUUUACCGAUGUUUUAUACCAAAGAUAUUGAGGUGAACUUUGUUUCUUUUUGUAAGUAUUUUUUUUUUUUUUCAAAUUAAGCUUCCGUGGAUUAAUAUGAUAACAGCAUCAAAAGAGCUCAAUCGACUGCAGAAUCUCAACUCGUUGUGAAAAGAUCAACGCUCCGCUGUUAUUAUGUAUUCCACAACAAUUAAGCUAUGACUGUACUUUAGGUAAAUGAUUGUCUCAUUAUACCAAAUUAGCUGAUAUUUUCAAACGUACAAUUACAUGAAUCAUGAUAUGUAUUUUAUUUUUCCGUAAAGAAACGCAAAUGUUUAGGGUCGAUUUUUGGACCGGAUGUUGUAGAUUGUCGCAGAUAACAUGCCGCCCGCCACAUGAGUUUACCAUUGUAUAAACGAUCACACAGACCAGUCCUCCCAGUAAUGUGGGAACCAUGUCUCUUGUCUAAGGACAAUUACAUAACAAUGGCCAUUACAUGUGAUAAUGGAGCACAUUACUUUUUAUCGGUAUAUUCGCCGGAUGACCAUCACUUGCACCUUUCCAUAUUUAGAAAUUAUAUCAAUUUGGUCGCUGUAUGUUUUGUUAGAAAUCGAUUACAUCUUAUCGUUUACAAUAAAGCAUUGUAGUGAAUGACAAUAACGAACAGCAAAAAGAUACUUUCUGAAAUCGGAGGUAAAUACAAUUCUUUUAAACAUGAUUUAACAGAUCAAUAAAUCGCUAAAAAGAACUGUAAACGUACUGUAUUGGAUUAUUAUUUUCAUGAAGGAAAGAGUCAAUACGCCACUCUCGCACUAAUAGUAGGACUGCUUAAAUAUUGAGCGCUAAAAUAUAAAUUCGCUAAUGUGAGUACUUUAAAGAUGGUUAUAUAUCGUUUAAAUUAUACACAUUUAUUUAUGUAAAUAAUUUUGAUAACAAUUCUAAAAUAAUUGAAUGCGUGUGACAGAAAUAAACACACACUUAAACAUACACACUGUUAACUAUGCUGUUUACUAUUGUACUCAUUAUCAUAUAUUCAACACGAACAUGUUUAUUAAAUUUUCACUUGUGCUUUUAUCAACAGUAUUUUCCUCUUAGGUGAACUUUUGUAUGUCAUAGUGAACAACAUUUACCAUGUUAUAGUGUUUGUAAAUAUGAAAUAUUUAUAUCAAUAAUAUUCUGAUUGAAGUGCUUUCGAUUGCGUUUCUUUUUUCGUAACGUUACUGGCGAGUGAUAUUUAUUUUUGUGAACGAGUGAUUUGUAUGAUAUCGUCGCAAGAAAGUAAGUAAGUUGUAGACGGUGUACGAUGUUUUACAAAUUAUGUAUACAAUCAAUAUUGAACAGGGUCACACAAAAAAGAAAGAGAGUGAGAAAGCGAGAAAGAGAGAAGGCUAAAAAGUAACAUAAUGGGUGCGGUACAAGUUGUUUGUGGAAAAUUGAACUUUGUUGUAAUCGCGAUUGUUUUAAAAUGAACACUUUAGUAUGAUCACACUGAUUCGUAUAAUUACAUACUUAAAAAGGACAUUGAGCAAAUAUAUCUUAUUUUCAAAUAGACUUUGCUCUAGCUAUGAGGAUCAUGAACAUAUAUAUGCAUUUAUAACAUAUGAAAAAAUCAGAUUGUUGUGGUUGAUAUUCCCACCGUUACCAACAAGGUCAUCGCACGUGUCAUCGUUCACCAUGACGUCAGGGCUGUUUAUCACAUGCAACCGACAUUCUGUUUAUCGGCCAGUACCUGUCAGCCAUCUUGUCUGGUCGUUAUCGCUGUGUCGUCAUGGCAAUAAUGCAGAGCUUGGCAAGACCAAAAAAAUGUCUCAUUUUUCAUAUAUCUGAUGAACAUUAAAGAUAAUAUACUUUUACAUCUCGACAA